AUGGCCUCCACGUCGGGAUUGACUCGGCGAAGAGGCGCCGGCGGAGGAGCAGCACCCACAGGCGAUGCAGAGGCUAGCAACGGCGGCGCCGUCAACCGCACCAAUUCCUCCAGCAACUUCAAGGACAGCGCCCCUGAGACCAGCUACGAGAGCGGCGAAAACGGCCACAAGAUCGCCUUCGACCCCCGCGACAUCAGUGAGAAUGCAGAGAGGAGCAAGCAGCCCAAGCUCACCUUGAUGGAGGAGGUCCUGCUGCUGGGUCUCAAAGACAAACAGGGCUAUCUCUCCUUCUGGAAUGAUAACAUCUCCUACGCCCUUCGUGGGUGCAUCGUCCUCGAACUUGCCUUCCGUGGGAGGAUCAGCAUGCAGAAAGACCCCUCUAGACGGCGAUUCCCUCUGGCAGACCGCAUCAUCGAGGUCGUCGACGACUCCUUGACCGGCGAGGUUCUCCUCGACGAAACCCUAAAGAUGAUGAAGGCAAGCGAGAAGAUGAGCGUUAGCUCCUGGAUUGAUCUACUGAGCGGCGAGACAUGGAAUCUAAUGAAGAUUGGCUAUCAACUCAAACAGGUCCGCGAACGGCUGGCCAAGGGACUCGUCGAUAAAGGCAUUCUUCGUACCGAGAAGCGCAACUUCUUGCUCUUCGACAUGGCCACCCACCCAGUGGCCGAUGGCGGCGCCAAGGAGGAGAUCCGUCGACGUGUUCGCAACGUGUUGACACAGCGAACUGUUGUACUCCCGGGCUCCCAAUUCCUCCCCGAGAACCUCGAAUUCCGAUACACCAGGACCAUCGCCAUGGUGUGCGCCGCAUAUGCGGCCAAUGUCCUAGAAAACGCGCUAUCCACCCUAGGCCACGAGGCGCGGGAGCGGGCUUUCACGCAGACGGACGAGCUUCUGGCCGAGUAUAGCCAGUGGCCAUUCGGGAAGAAGGCGACGGGCAAUGGUAUUGGAGCGAAUCUGCCGCAGGUUAUCUCAGAUGAAGUCAACAAGGCCAAGGAGAAAGAGCUACAGCUCGAGGUUGUUGCUGCUUGUCUUAGCGUCUUCACCCGACUCGACUCCCUCCUAUAA